CCAUUUGGUAGGCUCCCUGAACAUCUCCUUGUAGAAAUAUUUAUCCGGUUACCAACAUGCGAAUGGGUUCAAAUAUCAUGUGUCAGCAAGCACUGGGCAAGCAUAUUUCAAGGAGAAUGUAUGUGGCAAACUGCUAUUGCAAGGAACUGGCCAUCAGCUGGUUUACGGAAACGCUGGCCUGGGCCAAUUCCCAGAGGUUCUGCUAGAAGAUCAGUUCAUUGCUUGUGGUAGGACAGGAGAAAAGGCACAUGAACUUGCUUCAAAGAUAUGGCUUGCAGUUAUUGACAACUUGGAAGAAAACCAGCAAACUUUCUUGCUGUUAAAACACCUUUCUCAAGAAGGAGAAUUUUUCCUUCCAUUCCCAUACUCCAGAUCAUAUAAAGUCUUGUGGAGGGUGUUCGACAAGCUGUUCACCGACUUCCGUGACUGCUUCAGCCGAGGGGAUUACCAUGAUGCACUAGCGGGUGCCAAGUCUAGGUUUCAGCCAGUACCAUCUGCAUGGCUUGGCCACUGACGAGCAGUUGCUGCUCUUGUUGUGCACUGCACAUUGCCUUUUAGAUGUAGCAGCUAUACUUUCUGAAAUGCAAAACUGGACCGAAGGAUGGUACUUCCAUUCCAAUGGAUGAUUUGUAUAUCUUUUAGUGUCUUAGCAACUUCAGAAACACCAAACUGUUGUCUGAUCGAAAAAUAUAUUCUCUUGUAAAUUCUAAACAUUCAGAAUUACCCGACUUCUCCAUUUUCGGCUUAUGAUGGAACUUAUUAUAUGAACUCUUACCUAUAUCAAGUCAGAUGUGGGGUAUUGGUACAAAACUUUUACUUGAAUACAAUGUGUGCUAGUUUCUAUACAGAAUUCAGUCCUCUAGUAAAAUGAUAAAUCGGUGUGCUGGAGGUUAACCAAUUUGCUGAGACUUUGGAAAACUUGUGCAACCAUUGCUCUUUCCAGCACAAUUCACAUGCAUAUGCAAUGUUAUAUGCUUGCACAACAGAUCAUCUCCAAGCACACUCUCUGCAUGAUGAACAGGCCAUAGGAUUUAUCACUGAUACUCCCUCCUACAAAUUAUAUAAACCAUAUGUUCUUGCAAUCAUUGCUGCGCCUCAUACCACUCAGUGUUCACCAUUGCUGACCCUCCCUCUCCAAUCCAAGCUCCAACAAUGGCUAAACCAUCCUUGCUCCUCCUUCUUCCUCUGCUCAUCUUCUCCAUCGGCGCGGCUCUCGCCCGCGCCGAUCUCAUGCUGGACAGGUUCGAGCAGUGGAUGAUCAGGCAUGGCCGCGCCUACACCGACGCCGGUGAGAAGCAGAGGAGGUUCGAGGUGUACAGGAGGAACGUCGAGCUCGUUGAGACGUUCAACUCCAUGAGCAAUGGCUACAAGCUGGCUGACAACAAGUUCGCCGACCUGACGAACGAGGAGUUCAGAGCCAAGAUGCUGGGGUUCAGACCUCAUGUCACGAUUCCUCAGAUUUCAAAUACCUGCUCCGCUGACAUAGCAAUGCCUGGAGAGAGCAGUGAUGAUAUUCUGCCGAAGAGCGUAGAUUGGAGGAAGAAAGGGGCAGUGGUGGAAGUGAAGAACCAAGGAGAUUGUGGUUCUUGCUGGGCGUUCUCCGCGGUGGCGGCGAUAGAGGGGAUCAACCAGAUCAAGAACGGCGAGCUGGUGUCGCUGUCGGAGCAGGAGCUCGUGGACUGCGACGACGAGGCGGUGGGGUGCGGCGGCGGGUACAUGAGCUGGGCGUUCGAGUUCGUCGUCGGCAACCACGGCCUGACCACGGAGGCGAGCUACCCGUACCACGCCGCGAACGGCGCGUGCCAGGCGGCGAAGCUGAACCAGAGCGCGGUCGCCAUCGCGGGCUACCGGAACGUGACGCCCAGCAGCGAGCCCGACCUGGCGAGGGCCGCCGCGGCGCAGCCGGUGUCCGUCGCCGUCGACGGCGGCAGCUUCAUGUUCCAGCUCUACGGCAGCGGGGUCUACACGGGGCCGUGCACCGCCGACGUCAACCACGGCGUCACCGUGGUGGGCUACGGCGAGUCCGAGCCGAAGACGGACGGCGGCGGCGCGGCGAAAGGCGGCGAGAAGUACUGGAUCGUGAAGAACUCGUGGGGGGCGGAGUGGGGCGACGCCGGCUACAUCCUCAUGCAGCGCGACGUCGCCGGCUUGGCGUCCGGGCUGUGCGGCAUCGCGCUGCUGCCGAGCUACCCCGUCAUGUGAGCCUCGUGGCCCGAUCACACGGUGCGUGUGAAGAAUGAAGAAUUUGUGUUGUGUGUGUGGCUUGAAUUGGGAUUGUUUAUAGUCUACUUAGUGAUGUAAUUAUGUAUGUAUGUAUGUAUAAACGGAAAACCAUUGUGUCACUGUAUAAAGUUAUAAAGAAAGCACGAACAUCUCUGAUAUACUGACAAAUUAUGAACUUGUUUGUUCAGAACAUCUCUGAUA